AACCUGCCUAACCUGCCGGUGUGCCGGCGGCAUGCGACGAACGUGACAGUGAAUGUGAGCUGGAAGAGACUUUUCGUUGAGAACCGGGAGAAUGGAUAACGCAGCCGGGCUGGCGAAAUGGAUUCUCCUGUGCCUCUGUCUGUCCCGAUGCGCUCACGCGCGUCGCAUUCUCGAGGAGCCAAGAAUACACUUUCUGAAUGCAGGUGAUAGUGUACAAAAUAAUAAUCCUGGUCUAAAAACAUACUGUCACAAUGCUACCUCAAAGUACUUAACACAUAUGUGGAGAACCAUGACUAUGCAUCUGAAUAUCAACUCAGAUUCCUACGUUUUGUACGACGGUCAAACGCCUCAUGAAAUACAUAAAAAGUAUGAUGAAAAUGACAAAUCGUGGAGUCUUAAUCUAUUCGAUAUAGGAAAACAUAGGCAAUUUAAAGUUAAUCCCUUUGAAAAUACGUGUAUAGGUAUUUACAUAGAUUCUGCCAGUGAAUCUGGUUAUAUAAUGACUUUGAUAGAAACACGUAUCAAUGUUUGGGGACUGACAAUGAUGGUAAUGGGUAUUAUAGUUUUCUGGUGUGCCAAGAUAUUGAGUCGGAACUCACUAUUUUAUUAUGUGUGUGGCAUAACAUUUGGAGUCACUUUGUCUGUUAUAAUUUUAAUAUAUUUAGCUGGAAGAUUGAUACCACGGGGAAAAGCUAUGUACUUAAUAUUUGCCGCAUCGAUGAGUCUUUAUAUUGCUAAAACAUUGUUGGAAAACAUGCAGUUAAUUAUAAUGCAGUAUAGAGAGUGGGUGAUGUGGUACGUUCUUGUUACAUCUCUGAUUAGUUUUGUAAUUUGCUACCGUUUCGGUCCAGUUACCAAUCCGAGAACGAAACAACUAAUACAAUGGUUUUUGCAGGUUGUUGGAUUGGCAUUAGUUUAUAACAGCAGUCACUUCCAUGAAGCAUCGCUUUCAUGUUGCGUUGUACUUAUAUUUCUUUAUAACUUUCCGAAAGCAAUGUUCGAGCGAACGAAGAGGUACUGGCAACGCGUGUUUCCGGAAAAGCAGAAAUUAUUAACUGAAAAUCAAUAUCAUCAAGAAGGAAUACGGCAAACUAGGAAAGCUUUAAAAGAAUUACAAAAUCAUUGCUCCAGUCCGGAAUGCAAUCCUUGGAAGACAGUUUUAAGACUGAAAGAUCCGAUAAGAUUCGCGAAGUUUAUGGAAGGAGAAUCACAUUUGCUGGAAGAAGAAGUCGACGAACACGACGAAGAAGUUUCGAGAAUUCUAGACAAAGAGGAUUAUACGGAUGAUGACGAUUCUUUCUGAGUACAAGUGCUUAAAUAAGAAUUCUGCAGAAAUUUAUAUUUACUUCUCAAUGACAAUUUAAGCCUUAAUAAUAUACAGAACUUUUGUUUGCGUGUGAGUUAAUAAACAUUUUUCACCUAAAGAGACUGUGAAGUAGGUAUUAAAAAUAAUAUAAUUUUGUUUGUGUCCAUAUCUUUGCUCAAACAUGUUGAUAUGUGAUAGAUUCCUCAGAAACGUAUGUACAAUUACAUGUUUAUAUGAAACAAUUUUUUUAUGAGGAUGACAUGUCAUAUACAUUUAACCAUGUUUUUCCGAUUAUACAAAAGAAUUAAUGCAUAAAAAUAAAUAUAAUUUUUACAAUUCAA